UUGUAAGUGUAUUUUCAGAUGAUGCCAAUAAAUUCGAUACCUGAUUUUAAUAUACAUUUGCGAAUUUAAAGUAUACCUCGUAUUUUCCUUCCCAUCGCGCUUGUCGCCGGAAGCAUUUGAUAGUUACACUCCACCGUGGUUGUCAGAGACGCUUUCAACGUCAGUACCUGGUUGUUUUUAAAAUAUGGAUUUCUUUUCUUGAGCUAGAGGCACAUCGCAAAAUUCUUUGGUUUAUGAUUCUGCGACUUCAAAGACAUCUAACAUGGAGUGGCCAGGGGACAAUUUGCAGGGUAAUUGUCCUACAGACAUCUCCCUCACUGGUGUAUUUGGGGAAAUGGACAUUCAGCAGGUGCUCCAUGACACAGAAGAAAAAUUAAAGCUCAAUGCAUGGUGUAUUGACCAAAGCCUGAAGGAGAUGCAGAUGGAAAUGAAUGAUGUUUGUACAGGAGAUAUGCUGCCACUCACAGCAGACAGCCUGCAGUGGCUCUGUCCUAAUCAUCUCAACUCUUUUAGACCUUUAUCUACUGGCUAUGAUGAACUUGUAGAUUUCCUUAGAGCUUUGCAAAAUUUUCUGAAGACAGAGCAAAGUCAGGAAGAAACAGUGCUUCAUCUCCUUCUUGAUAUUUCCUGCCAGUGUGGUGUUUAUUUUCCAUCCAAACCAGCUGGAUCAUCAUUCCCAAUGACCUCUACAGCUUCUCUGCAUGCAGUAGGUGAUGAAUCUUCUUUGCAGGUCCAGUCUCUAUGGGAUGAUAUCAAAUUACAUCUCAGGCGAUUCAUUGUUGAAAAGUUGUCAUCCAGUCAACAGGCUGACCAACAAUUCGAUCAACGAGUAACUUUUAAGAUCCAGUGCCUUCAGCAACUUCUUUUCUUAUACCCUGAAGAGGAAGUGCUUUCUAGAUUUCAAAAUAUUCGGAGCAAAUAUUUACAGGAUUUCCUACAUGAACUGUUGGGCUCAACUCCUGGUGAAACUGGUUUUGACAAAGUGGUUCAUGCUUAUGAAACUGCAAUCCCUUCAGUCUGCAAUAUGGUGAAGGAAGAUCUACACACACUCAAUGGAAUUGUUGAGCCUGCACUUACAAUCAAGUUCCUAAAUGAUGUAUAUUAUUUCACUAUUACAAAUGAGCUGUCAGCUCAGAUUGAGAAGUUUUGUGAGCUUCAAUUAAAGGACAGCAAGAUGGUUGCAGCUAAGCCAGGAAAAAUCUCCAGCAAAAUGAAAGGAGCUGCUAAUGCUGUAGAUUCUGGAGACCGUACCAAAAUAGGGAGGAACUUCUUUCCUCUGACCUCUCAUCAGCUGAGAUGUAUUUCUCAACUUAUGAAAAAUCUUCUUUGCUUGGAGAAUAAAAUAGAGGAACUUGCUUCAGUUUGCUUUUUGAUCAAAGAACAAGAAGUAGUUUGCUCUAUAAAAGGAAUACAUAAAAAGACAUUUGAAAAUACAGACGGCACUCCAUCUGAAGAUACCAAGCCUUUCAGUGAAAGAGUACAGAGGAAAAAGUCUCUAGCUCUGACAUUUAAUUGGAGAAGCACAUUCAAAGAUUUGUGUCCUGCUAUUGUACACUGUCUCAGAAUUGUCAUGGAAGAUGUCUAUACAAAGGCUUUGAGGCAAGAGGAAACUAUCUACUUCUCAGGGUCUCAUUUGAUGAUCAGUGUGAAAAAUGUACAGCAGGAAAAGCACAUUUUCUCUUUGAUAAAGGAAAACAAAACACCAAAACGAGUUGCCAAGUUUUGCGCUGACAUCAUGGAUGAACUUGACACAUUUCUUGCACUUGCUCUGGCAUGGCGAGAAGACAGUUUACAGGAAAUUCGGGCAGACUUUGUGGAGGUCUGCACAAAAGUGACAACCGCCAUUGAGACAAGGCUAAAGGAGAGAAGCAAGGAAAUUCCUUGGAAAGCCACUGCUCAGAACCUUCAUGUACUGUUGUCCACUGCUAUUUACAUUCAUCAGCGAGUAACCCACUAUGAGGCCCUUCUGAAUGACAACAGCCACAAGCCCCUGUUCCUGCUGCCAAUCCAGCAGUACCAAGAGCUGAUCUGUGCCCUCGAAGCACAAGUUAUUGACUACAAUACAAGAACCUGUGCUACUUAUAUUCUGCAAGAUCCUGAAAGCCAUUACUGGAGUGACCAUAAAAGUUUUUAUGAGGGGGAAAAAUGUUCAUUCUCUAUUUUAAUGUGGCAUUACUUCCUCAUGGGCCUACGGCAUGAUCUUUGGACUACAUUGCCUUCCAGCCUUGCCCAGGAAAUCUUGGCCCAGGUCCUGAGCGAGACAUUGGAAAUUCUAGUUCAGAGAUAUUCUGUUGCCUGCCCCACCUAUAGAAGGACUUUGCAAGUCAGAAGUGACAUUACUGCCAUAUUGCUCUGCACAGAAAACCACCUUUGGUCAAUAUGCAAUAGUACAGAAGCACUUCUUCAAUCAACUGAGGACCAGUUCUCAUGGAUUGUUUCCAUUCAUAAUCAUUGUAAUCAGCUUCUUGCUGUGCUGGCUAUUGUCACAUCACCUCUGCAGGAACUGCAUGAAGCAGUACAAAAUAUUUCAAGUGAGGGCUCUAUUUUAUCAACCUUACAGAUUCCCAGCUGCCAUCUUUUACAGUGGCUUUCUUUUAUUAAGCCUACCUUAUUCUCUCAUGAAUCUCUUAGGAUGUCAGCAGCCGAUGAAAUAACUGCUCAGCAUCAGCUGAAAAUGUUGUUAUCCCAGCCUGGUUGUAACCAGAACUUGCUACUGCAAACACUGCUUCAGCACAACUGCCUAGUACUUCGAAAGCUGUUAAAUAAUUCAGAUUUCCUAAUAACUGAAGGUGAAAGUGAUCCAGCAAAUAAUUUUCAAGAUCAAACACUACUUAUGGAAGCAAUUUUCAUGGUGUUGAUCAGCCCUUAUUUGUCUCCUAAGUUUCUUUGUGUUGUGAUAGAAGAAUACUUUGAUAAGAAGGAAUUAUGGGAAUCUUUCAGUGACCUUUCAGAUAUGAGCAAACCAGAACUUGAAGCAAUGUCAUGUCUGAGAAUGGCAGUGAUCAGACCCAUCACUAGUGUUGUAAACCAACUCAUCUCUAUGGUUCAUGCCUGGCAAGACUGUGAAAACCAUGGGAUCUACCAGCAUAAACAAAUGGUCCCUGAAUAUCUCCUAAGUAGAAUUCCAAAGGAAUGGAAUUAUGUUCCAUGGGAAAUAAAAAGGAAGGAAUCUGGAAAAAGUUUCAAAAAGCUGGUGGCAGAAGCCAUUGUGUUCAUCAUUUCCAAUAUGCCUUGCCUAGUUUCCUCACUUCCUGCUGCUGUUAGAUACUUGUUUUAUGUCGCAGAGAAAAGGCUUUCUAAAAUCUCAAAGAAUUUUAAUUUCUAUGGUCUUCUGGUUCACAACAUAGUUGCUCUCCACUGCCACAUGCUAGAAGAUGGCAAUAGAACUGAGCAGUUCACUGGAGUCACACUGGAUCGGUGGAGCAAAGAAAAACUGGCUUUGGUCAGUGACUGCCUGCAAAGUAUUGUGGGUCAGCUGAAGGAAAGUCCCAAACCAGUGGUUCUCAAAAUCAUUCAGUACAUUGAGACACAAAGGCCAAAAUGGAUCGAGAGCCAACUGCAAAAAGCCAAAAUGCUAUGUGGAGAAAGUGCAUUUGAGUCCAAUGAGAGCUGUGUCGCGCAUGAGGAAAGCACAGCGCUUGAAUUGACUGAGCAGAAAAUAGGCAUGAUAGUCCUGGAUAUCUGCCACAAACCAGGUGGCAGCGAAUACCUGAGGCAAAUUUAUCACAUCAUCCAACUCAAUGAGGAGUUUGUGAAGGCCCAGCUUUCUGCCAUAGAAGAUUCAAAAGUUAAAGCUCCUCAAAGACAUUUAAAGAUCAGCCUUAAAGAUUCAGAUCUGCAGCUUACUGCCUUCAACCCACUUAAGGAGUUUAGUCACAUUGGGAGUGAUAAGUUUGACCAGCCAGCCAUAACUGAGUGGGACUGGGAAUGGCCGAAACUGCUGCCAAGUUAUCUGGGACUCAGUCAGGUGACCUUGAGGGCGCUGCUGGCAAACAGGCACUUUUAUCCAGAAAAACAUCAGAGUAUGAUUCCUUACCUGAUACCAUUAAAUGGUAGGACCAUUGUCAACAGAGGGAGAGAGAACAUCAAAAUUAGAAGUCAGAGGGCACAUCUAUUUCUUCAGAUUUCCAAGAGAUGCUCCUCACCUUUAACUGAAAUGGCAUCGUCUGGGUCUGCAUUAAGAGCUUAGCUAUUUGGCUGCCACUGCGACUUCAGGGAGCAGACCUUGGAUCACCUGCUGCUCCUAUUAUAAGAUGUGUUAUGUUUUACAUUUCUGUUAUAUGCAUGAUUUAUGCCAAUA